AAGUGAAGCAACAACCAUGAGACAAUCUUCAACCACUCACAAUACUGAAAGUACAAGAACAACUCUAGAAAGUGCAACAACUCCAUCAACAUCACCAGUGUCUUCCACAACAACUGAAACUACAGGGUCAGUCGUGUCCACUACUCUUCCCACAAGUGAAGCAACAACCAUGAGACAAUCUUCAACCACUCACAAUGAUGAAAGUACAAGAACAACUAUGGAAAGUGCAACUCCCACCAAAGUUGCAACGACUCCUUCAACAUCACCAGUGGCUGCCACAACAACAACUGAAACUACAGGGUCAGUCGUGUCCACUACUCUUCCCACAAGUGAAGCAACAACCAUGAGACAAUCCUCAACAACCCACAAUACUGAAAGUACAACAACAACUCUGGAAAGUGCAACAACUCCUUCAACAUCACCAGUGUCUUCCACAUCAACAACUGAAACUACAGUGUCAGUCGUCUCCAGUAGUCUUCCCACAAGUGAAGCAACAACCACUCACAAUACUGAAAGUACAACAACAACUCUAGAAAGUGCAACGACUCCGUUAACAUCACCAGUGUCUGCCACAACAACAACUGAAACUCCAAGUGAAGCAACAACCAUGAGACAAUCCUCAACACCCACAACUGAAACAACCUCAACAACCAACUCUGAAAGUGCAACAACUCCAUUAACAUCACCAGUGUCUUCCACA